AUGAUGUCUUUCGGAAUCCCGAUUUUCGUCGGGUGGCUUGCCGUUGCAACCCAAAGCGUGCGCGCAACUUACCUGCCGGAGCGCUCAGAAACAGGCGACAAAUCCUUUGUUCCGUUCCAGGAAUUCCUUAAACAGGUGAAGAGUGCCAGUUACAGCCAAUACAUGGACGCCAAUGUGAGCUCCCAAGCCGAUUUUACAGACAUGCAAAAGCAUAUCUCUCGUAUGUACGAUGGGGUUACCGCAACCAAGGUCACCUCAUUCCUUCUGGGAAAUGAAUACGGAGACUGCAUUUAUAUCAAAGAACAGCCCUCGUUUCGCCAUCUCAAGCUUAGCGGAAUUUCGGAUCCCCCUUCCAACCUCACCCUCUUCCCCAAGAGCAAAGGCUCCAUUUCGGGAAACUCUUCCUACGCAGACUCACCCCUCAAGCUCGGUCUGAAAGACCCGUUCGGAAAUCCGAUUUCUUGCCCGUCAAGCACGAUUCCAAUGGCAAGACUGACACUCGAGAAACUCACUCGUUUCAAGACCCUGAGUGACUUCUUUGCGAAAGCCCCUCGUGGUGUUGAGAAGCCCCAGGAGGUCAAAGGCCCGGAUUUCAAGCCGGAUUGGGAACCCACACACCUCCACGCUUACGCCGAGCAGAAUGUCGCAAACUUCGGCGGAAACUCCUGGCUUGACCUCUGGAAUCCCAAAGGCGAUUUCUCCCUCUCUCAGCAGUGGUAUGUAGGAGGUUCAGGAUGCGAUACUCAGACUGUUGAAGGCGGGUGGUUGGUGUAUCCCGAUGGCCCUCAUGACGAUGCCACGCUAUUCAUCUAUUGGACGAAACACUAUUACAAUAUUGGAUCCUGCGAUACGAAGAAGAACGUGGGCUGCUACAAUCUUGAUUGCGAUGGCUUCGUUCAAAUAAAUCACAACUGGUUCCUCGGUGGGCCAUGGGAUCACUACAGCACCACAGACGGACAGCAGUGGGGAUUUGAGAUGCAGUGGAAGCUGUACGCAGGCAAUUGGUGGCUCUUCCUCAAGGGGCCCGGCAGCUACGAAGCGGUCGGAUAUUACCCAACUUCGAUCUACGAUGGCGGUCAGAUGUCCAAGCAAGCAGAGCUAAUCCAAUACGGCGGAGAAGUUACAAGAAAAGUUGGCGAUGUCUGGCCUCAGAUGGGCAGCGGCGAUUUCGCGGAGAAAGGAUGGCAGAGGGCGGCUUACCAGAAUACGAUCUUUUGGAUUCCACGAGACGAGAAUGGAGGAUAUGGGGAGUGGGCGAGACUUGCGAGCCAUGAUGAAGGCUUGCCAUCUUGCUUUACUAUCGAUCUUGUCAAUUAUCCUAAUGGUGGUGACUGGGGAACUUAUUUUUACUUCGGUGGACCUGGUGGCAACACUUGCAAUUAA